CCAAGGUUUCCCAUUGAUUCAGCAUGCUGGCCUAUGCUUUACCAUGCCUUCACUGUGCUUUACUGUUGUUUAGUUGUUUGUUGCUGGUGGUUUCAGCUGGUUAAAUGAAGCCAGCAUGCCACUCUUUUCCCAGCUGCAGUGGCCUUUCUGUGCAGGCUCCCGUCCCUCUCUCUGCUAGUGGAGACCUUGCCUGCAAUGCUCUCCACGCUGGGCUCAGCUCUCCGCUCCUCUCCAGGGCUGGAGCUGUACUGGUUCCAAGCUGCAGUAAUCCCUCAGCUGCUGCAUUCCUCACUCCAAACCUCUACUCUGCAUCAUAGGGGAGCACAGAGCUAUAGGAAGUUGAGCGACACACACAUUUACAUCAGCCUUGAGUUAAUAUAAUAACGCAGUUCCAUAUCGAUCUGAAUCGUGAAAUCUGCAAUCCUCAGUAACUGCAUCUCUGAGUGGAACGGGUUGAGAUCAAUACCCGCAAUGAAUUAAUAACAGACACUGAAGUAGAAGCUGCCCUAUACUAAUCUACUAUGUGGUCUAUAUGUGUAAAAGGGCGGAGGCUGGGUACGAACUGGCGACCCCACACACUGCAAGCAAGCGUCUUAACCACUGUGCAAAAGAGCCGGGCUCGUCUGGAUUCAUGGUUGUUAUAGAGCUUUAAACUUCAUCUCAUCUCACUGACAGGACAGAAUCCGUAACGGCAGUGUAUCACACAAUGCUGCCCUUUACAUGUGCCUGAAGUGAUUUUGUAAUUUUAAUUACAAUAGGCUUGCCAUUUAGCAGAUGACAACAUGUAAGGUUGUAUGUAAUCUACUAUAAAUCUUGACACAUUAAAACAGACCUCAACGCUCCCAGCUCAGGCUCCUAAAACACAGCAGAGCAGCAGUGCCCCCAGGUGGGAAAGUUUGGAACUGCAGCUGCAUGCUCCCCUGUCUGUUUAAUUCAAGGACACUUACACUGACGUGGAAGCUGCCUGGCACACUGCACAGCUUUGCUCCUCACAGGUGAUUAAGAAUAACCCUUUGUGAAGGUGUCAGGUUUGUCACUGAGGAACAGCAGCAGAGGAUUUCUAUAAACACCUCCAAUCAUGUCAACUAAUUCCUGUGAUGUAACUGUUAAGCCUGUGUGUGUGUGUGUGUGUGUGUGUGUGUGUGUGUGCAUGCGUGUGUACAGCAGGGAACGAUGAAACAGGCACAAUUACAGAUUUUCAUGACAAACUGCUCCAUAGGGAGCGGAAAUCAACAUUGUUCGCCGUGCUAGAUAAACACCUAUCUACAGUAGUUCAGCCUGUUUAUAGAUAACCCUUUACACCAGGGUUUAUCAUAGGGCAGUCUUCUGCUGUACCAUUCUCUUGUACAUUUCUGCUGCAGUGCUGGCUGUAACCAUAGAGUCCCAAGGGGAGCGAGUCUCCAGAGAGCAGAAGUCACCUGGAAUGAAUGACGCCACCAAACCAUAAAGUCAACAGCCUUUCCUUUGCCAUUUCAUACUGUGUGAUCCAGAGCAAUGCCGGCGACAUGCUGGAGCGUUUCACAAGCUAAGCAGGGCCCAAUGGAUUUGGCAGUGUUUGCACUUGAGAUUUGCAACGGGCUGAACAAUGCAGAACAGCCACCCUGGAAUUCUUAUUCCCAGCGGAACAUAAAGACUCCAUUGUGAGAGAACAGAGGAGCGAAAGGAUGUAGGAGGCUUGAUCUGAGAUAGCAGCCUUUAUAAACGUGUACCAUAGUAAAAGCAUAGCAAAGCAUAGUGAAAGCAUGGUAAAGUAUAGUAAAGAACAGUGAGGUAUGAUAAAGCAUAUUAAUAAACAUGGUAAACCAGGGUAAAUUAUGGUUAAUACAUGUUAUUACCAUGGGAAAAGCAGGUAAAAGAGCAAAAAUAUAGUGCAAAAAUCCCAUGGUAAACUUGCAUAAGGGAUCACACUGAUUUGACCGCACAUUCACUCAGGAUCUCCUGUGGAAGAUAGUGCUUACAGACCCAGAGAAAUGCAUGACAGAAAUCAUACAUUUCAUUCGACUUGGGACCGUAUGUGUAGCAGCAGCAGUAGCUUUGUAUGGUGUGGUUUACAAGGACCUGUAGUUUCAGGUCUGUUAUUAACCAAUUCAAAUACUUUUUUAGGGUGUUAUUUGUGUAUCGGUCAAGCUUAAAAGGGUUACAGCUAAUGAAAUAGUUCCAUAGAUUUUAAUAAUUAAUAAUACAAAAAAAGAUACAUGGUACCAAAUAGGUUAACAAAAAUAUGUUUUUCAGAAAUUGUGUCCCUGCCCAGGGAAAGAAAAAAAGUGAUCAAUAACAAAAUUUACAGGCCCUAAACCCAACUAGGCACUCCCCUAAUCGAGACGGCUUCUCAAUGGAGCUUUUCAACAGAGAGCCGAUCUGUAGGAGUCUUUCAUACUUCAUGCAUCUCGUCAUGUUGUGUCAGCCCACACCACAAACAGAAACGUUUAAUCUCACAAGGGCGCUACAGCAACCCCUGUCCCACAGCUCUGCAGUCUGGUGCACCCUCCCUGGUAGAAACAGGACGCCUUGCUUUCCAUUGCACUGGGACUGGGAACAGCAGAGGAAGCCCUCUUUAGAAGUGAAAGCAGACUCAUUUAACUCAGGCACGGGGUCAUUCCUCUGGGUAAUAAAGAGCUGUUGUCAGUGUUGUGAGACAAGGGGACCUGCACAGCUGCUCAAUGCGGCGCGGUCAUGGCCUGGUUUGACUUGGCACGGGAAAAGUAUGGAUUUCCAGAUAUAGAGCUCUUUGUAAAGGCCGGCAGUGACGGGGAGAGCAUUGGGAACUGCCCGUUCUGCCAGCGCCUCUUCAUGAUCCUCUGGCUUAAAGGAGUAAUAUUCAACGUCACCACUGUGGAUCUGAAAAGAAAACCAGCAGACCUGCAGGACUUGGCCCCGGGGACGAACCCUCCAUUCAUGACGUUUAACGGGGAGGUGAAAACAGACGUGAACAAGAUAGAGGAGUUCCUGGAGGACAAGCUGGUGCCUCCCAGAUACCCGAAGUUGGCUGCCAAGCACCCAGACUCCAACUCUGCAGGGAAUGAUGUCUUUGCCAAGUUUUCUGCCUACAUUAAAAACGCCAGGAAGGAUUUCAAUGAAAACCUGGAGAAGGCUCUUCUGAAGGCCCUGGGGAGGCUGGAUGAAUACCUGACCACUCCGCUCCCUGACGAGAUCGACGCUGACAGCAUGGGCGAGCUCCCCUCCUCCAGCAGGAAGUACCUGGACGGGGACGAGCUCACCCUGGCUGACUGCAACCUGCUCCCCAAACUGCACAUCAUCAAGGUGGUAGCGAGGAAAUAUCGCAAUUUUGAGAUCCCAGUGGAGAUGACAGCAGUUUGGAGAUACCUUAAUAACGCCUACAGCAGGGACGAGUUCACUAACACGUGCCCGGUGGACCGCGAGAUCGAGGUCGCGUACCUGGACGUGGCGAAGAGGAUUAAAUAAAAAAAAAAAAACAUUCUGGGAAGGCUGGGACGAUCACAGCUGCUACGGACAGCAGUUUAUACACAAGAGUACCCUUAUCAAGAAAGACUCAUGGUGAUUUUAAUCUAGGAUUCUGCAUAUACUAAAGCGUGAAUAAUGGGGUGCCAGAGAGUGUGUCCUUGCCCAGCUCAGUGAUGUGCAGUGGUGAAUUGCGCUCUGACUGGGUUUAUGUUGCUGGGGGGCAUUGGAAUUCAAUGACUGCCAUUGGUGCCCCCAAGUCAAGCCAUGUCAAUUAACUGCAGUGAAUAGUUAGACCGUAGUUUAACUGUAACCGCAGUUAAGCUGCACUGCAAUUACAUGGUGGCUGGGUUCAACGCGCAUCUGGAGUUUUUUGUUUUACAUCAAUGAAUGGUACUGUUGUUACAAUCUGCAGUUACAGUGAGCGUAGACUGAAGUCCAUUUCUUUAGUUUUUUGAAUGGGAACAAUCCACUUCUCCUUCAAACUGGGGUUUCACAGUAUUUAAGUUUAAGAGAUUUGCAUCAUAUUUUCAGCACUCACUGGGAAACCCUAAGCCCGAACACAAAUUGCAAAUUCAUAACAAAUAUCGCCUUAUCAAUACACUAGUAUAAAAUGCUAAAGUUUACCAGCUUCGAGUAAACAAGUCAUCAUUUUGACCCCAACGUGCCCAUUUACUCACUGCUGGGUACUAGGACCAGGUUAACAGGACAUGUGUAGAAAGAGCCAAUCCAUUUGGGAUUUACUCCUGCUUUUGAAAGAUGACUGUGACAGAAUGUGAAACAAUCCUGCAUAAAUAUAUAAUUAGGAUAAUAACAACGGAAAUAAUCAGUUAGAUGUAUCAGCUGUCAUUGGCUCUAGUUUGUGUUCUGAAAACUAGUCUUAGACAGCUUGCAAUACUUAAUUGUAUUUUUAUCAUUUGACCAGGACCAAAAAAAACCCCCAAAACACCCAAUUAUAUCUUCAUCUGGUAUUAAUCAUAAUUAUUGAUUUUUAAUUUGCUGGGUUAUUUAAUCUGCCACUAUUUGUAGUGUAGUGUUUUUUUUUAUAUCAGCUGUUAUUAACAAUUUGAACACCAGUAUUACUGUACACAUGCCUUAUUCAUCUCAAAAGAGAAUAAAAUACAAAUCUAUUACAAUGCUUUUAUGUUUUUAUUUUUGUCUAAUGAUUUAUCUCAGUAUGUGUUUCUUUACCUUCUGAUCUGACUCAUGGAGCGGAUUAGUCCCAAAACUUUAAAAAACACGGAGCGGAUUGGUGCCAGAACUUUGUCCAGUUAGCUCUAAAGGCUUCCAGUGUGUCAGCAGCUACAAUGUGGCUUGAUAACCUGCUCCGUGCUCUCACUACAGUCCCCUCCCCUCUGCUCCGUGCUCUCACUACAGUCCC